AUGGAGAAAUAUCAGCACAUCAGAGCAUUUAUCAAUGCAGUCAAUGAAUAUUCCAAACACCCAAGCGAAGGUACAACUUCAGUUCUUCAAAUGAAUCUUGGGGUGAUAAGUGCAUCGAUAGAUAUGAGUAUAUUCGAUCCAGGAAGUUGCAUAGCUGCCGAUUUUUACGUGAGCCUACACGAAUUAAUGAAUACGUUAGGUUCAAAAACUACUUUACUCUGGAGUGCUGUCGAUGUUUUACAAACCGCAUGUCGAAAUACAGCCGCGAGACAAGCCCUGACCCAUACCUACAAAUUCGCACCAAUUUUAACAAGGCUCCUAGAAGCGCCGAAUUUAACAGCAGAAAAGCGAGUGCGAGCUCUAAAGCUUCUUCAAGAACUGACCUAUGGAAUAAAAAUCUCCUGGCAGGAGACGCAUUUGCCCUAUUUAAUAACUACUCUGACUCAGUGGGUAUCUCAAUCAACAGAGGAAGAGGUCCUCGCUCUUUCUCUAGGAGUUCUAUCCAAUCUCUGCUACAAAAAUCUUCCAGCUGUUUAUACUCUGAUGAGAACUAUCGACUCCAAGACGUUUAUUCGGACAUUAAUUAAACACCAAAGUCGAAAUAUUAAUACGAGGGUUCAGUGCUGCAAAUUGCUGAUCAUUCUUGAACACAUGAACACAGAGCUUUCUGAGAAAUCCAUUCUUGAUUUUACACAAGUCACUUUUAAAAGCAUAAUUGAGGCUUUGACGAAAAGGGACGUGUUGCUCUUGAGACACAUAGUUGACUUUUUUGAAGAUGUGAGGCAGAGCGAUCACUCAAGAUUGGUUUUACUUUCUUAUACUGAAUACGCGAAGGACGUCAAGAAAAUUCUCCAAAGUUUGGAGGGUGAUUGCGAUCCGGAAUGUGUGGCUCUAAUGAUGGAAUUUCUGCAGUCGUUGGUGAAAUUGAAAAUAACAGUUCUAGUAUCUUUGUAUCCCCUCUGCAUAAAAGCGGCUACUUCUUAUGUACCUGUAGAACAAGUAUCUUCGAAAGCUCUCGCAUUAAUAAGAACUAUCGUGAUAGAUUCACGUCGAACAAAAUCAAUAUCAGACGUCUUGGCAGAACUCGAUCUAUCAAUUUUGAUGCUUAUAAUAAAUUCCGACGACGAUCAGUCUUCAGGGAAAAGUGAAGACCGUAGUGCUGAAACCAUCGCCAGGUUGAACGAAUUGAUGCAACUGCUGCAAGAAAUCGUCAAAAUCGACAAUCUCAGGCAAAAAGUCUUCCACGUUUUCACGGAUCAAGCGAUGAGGAAGUUACUAAAGCCAAUUCUUGAAGACGAGGAUCGAGACAAAAGCACGAAUUGUCCUGACAAUCUUUUUCCAGAUCAGUCGACGACUUUUUACGUUCAUGCUUUGGCCUUGACCUCGGAAAUGGCGCAAACAAAUUCUGACUGGUUGACUUUGUACUCGGAACUAAUGAGAAAGAAGCAAAUACACAUGACGAUGGCCCUGGCGUUAUUCACUGGUGACGAGGAGGUUAAGCAGAAGGUCCUUCAGUUGCCCUCCACAGUAUGCUUUCCACAGGAAUGUCUUUCCACAGUGGCUCACUGCAUGGGUGAGUUGGAAUCCUUAGUUCUCGUUCGAGGUGGGACGAAUAAUACGAUGGAAUCCAUAGGAAGACAUUCUAGUCAAUAUGCUGCAACGGAAAUGAUGCCUUUCAUGUCCCUCGUCCAAGAGGAUCGAUUAAAUGUUUGCAUCGAUAAACUUAAGGAGGCGUACGAUACGAAUAAAAUUAAUGAUGUUACCACUUCUGCUGUUAUUGAACUCUAUGAAUAUAAGCUGGCAGCGAUUAGGAACGCGGAAAGAGCAAACCAAGCUAGUUUAGAAGCAGCAAAUAAUCGAGUUACGAGUCUUCAGCAUCAACUAGCGCAAGUAAUCGCUGAAUCGAGAAAAUUGCAUCAACUGCUAUUCCGUUCGCAGCAAUCUUUAGAAGGACUACAAAAAGAGAAGAUUGCUUUCACGAAUAGGAUUCAAGAAGUCGAAAAAGAAAGCAAACGGACCUACGCUGUCCACACACAGGAAAGCGAGAGUCUGAAGAAAAUAGUUUCCGAGAAGUCAACUCAGAUAGCAAAAUUAGAAAAUGUGGUUCGAGAACAAAAAGAGGAUUUGGAAGCAUGCAAAAAUAAAAUCGAGGCCCUAACAAAAAAAAUUGCAAAGUGCGAAAGUGAUUAUGUAGCAGCGGAUAAAAAGUGUCAAGAGCUAAGUAGCAAAAAUCAUGAAAUGACGAAGACUCUUCAUAAAAUGCAGGAUGGUUUGAGUAAAAAAGAACAGAUCAUUGAGGAGAAAAAUGCAGAGAUAGCAUCAGUGCAAGACGAUAAAGGCGCCUUGAAGCAAGAAAUGCAGCAGAUGACUCACCAGUGUCACAGAUAUCAAGGAAUCAUCAAAGAAAAAGAGGAGAUGAUACAAAAAUUGAAGUCUGAGUUGACUGAUUUCAGUCGAAUGCGAGACAUGAUCUUCGAACUCACUGCAAAAAAGAAGGAAGACCUGAAUUCAUCGUAACCCCGGUUUAUGUGUAUGUAACCCCUAAUUAUAAAUACAUUCCCUUUUUUAUAUUUAAAACAAAAAGCUUUAGACAACUAAUUUUUAAAUGAUCAACUGCAAUGUACUGACAUCUCUGACAAAAGUAUGAGCUGAUUUUUACAAGCCCUCGUAUUCUCGUUCAUCGUUUAAGAGAAGGGUAAAUAAAACUUUUCUAAUAA